GGUGUUUAUAGGCCAGUAAACGGCAUUAGAUGAAGCCAUCGGGGGCCUGUGGAUUACAGUAAUCCUAUCUGCUCACGUUGGGUAUCACACACAUCACAUUCCAGCACCAGUGAAGACAAAGAUGGAGCUCAGCGUUCGUGGUGUUGCUGCACUGCUGCUCCUCCUGCUUUUAUCUCAAGCCCUGACUGCUGUUCACUCACAAGAGGAGGAGGAGCUGGAGGAGGAGGACCAGCAGAUCACUGAGACAUGGACACGCAAUGUGAAAGCGUGCACCUGUGACUGUGAAUCUUCUGGUUCACCCACACGAAUCCCCACCAUGGUUUCUCCUCUUCCACCGACCUCAUUGCCACCGGCACCACCUCAGGGUCAGACCUGCAUGCCCGAAUGUCCCUAUCACAGAGCUCUGGGGUUUGAAUCCGGAUCUGUAACGUCAGACCAGAUCAGCUGCUCCAAUCAAGAGCAGUACACCGGCUGGUACUCCUCCUGGAUCCCCAACAAGGCUCGUCUUAACAACCAAGGCUUCGGAUGUGCGUGGCUUUCCAAGUUCAAUGACCAGCACCAGUGGAUCCAGAUUGACCUGAAGGAGGAAAGCGUGGUGUCCGGGAUUCUGACUCAGGGCCGCUGUGAUGCUGAUGAGUGGAUUACUAAAUACAGCAUCCAGUACCGGACUGUGGAGACCCUCAACUGGAUCUACUACAAAGACCAGACAGGCAACAAGAGGGUGUUCUACGGGAACGCUGACCGCUCAUCUACAGUGCAGAACUUGCUGCGCCCACCGAUUGUGGCCCGCUACAUACGCAUACUGCCACUGGGCUGGCACACCCGCAUCGCUAUGAGGAUGGAGUUGCUCAUGUGCAUGCACAAAUGUACCUGAAGUGUACUCAUGCUGUUUUUCCUCACUGUCCUUCAUUUCCUCCCACCCUCCACUUGCCAACAAAAAAAGGGGAAAAUUUGUCCAACACUACAGAUUAGACACAUUAGAUUGAAAUAUUCAUCAUACUUC